CUCUCUCUCUCUCUCGUAAUUUUCUUCUUUCUAGACAUAUAUUCAUGGAGGCCUCGUUGAGUUCAUCAGGGAACAAGUCUCUUGUCCCCAAAGGAACACAAGAUACCACUAGAGAGGAGAGUGGUUGGACGGCUUACUUUGAUGAUUUUUUAUCAAACCAAAGAGAACAUAGCUCAUGUUCUGAUGCUUUUUGUAGCCCUUCUUUGGUUUCUGAUGCUGCUUCCUAUGUUGUAUGGAAUAAUGAUAUCCCUAGCAACAAUCAAGUGCUUCCAACCUCAUCAUCAAUGGCUGACUCACCAAAUUAUCCCAAGAAACUCAAUUUCAAGAAAACAAGAAGCAAGGAAAUAACUUAUGAUGAAUCUUUGGAGGAUACUGCUAGUUCUCCUCUCAAUAGCCCCAAGCUGCUGAUUUUAACUUCCUCAACUCCUGCUGGCCCACACCAAGAUUCUACAUCAUGGGCCUCGUUGAGUUCAUCAGGGAACAAGUCUCUUGUCCCCAAAGGAACACAAGAUACCACUAGAGAGGAGAGUGGUUGGACGGCUUACUUUGAUGAUUUUUUAUCAAACCAAAGAGAACAUAGCUCAUGUUCUGAUGCUUUUUGUAGCCCUUCUUUGGUUUCUGAUGCUGCUUCCUAUGUUGUAUGGAAUAAUGAUAUCCCUAGCAACAAUCAAGUGCUUCCAACCUCAUCAUCAAUGGCUGACUCACCAAAUUAUCCCAAGAAACUCAAUUUCAAGAAAACAAGAAGCAAGGAAAUAACUUAUGAUGAAUCUUUGGAGGAUACUGCUAGUUCUCCUCUCAAUAGCCCCAAGGUGAUGAUCAGCUGA